AUGGGCCUUGGUGGGGGCACUGGCAACGUUCCCUUUGCCAGCUCUGCCUCUCGAGAUGCUUACCAAGCAGCUCACCGAGCCUGUGCUGCAAAUGACCGCUUGAGCCGGAAUGUCUCAAGUCCUUCUAGACGCAGGGCUCGAUCGCCCUCCGAGGACUCUGAUUCUGACGAUCAGUCGCUAUCUCAGAGGCGUCGGCGACGAGCCCCUCGCACGAUGCCCGACUCAGGCCCAUCAUCUAUUCCUUCUCCUCCACAUGCAGCUGUCUUUACUCCAUCCCCUCAGGUGACUCCACCUCCAAUCCCGAGCCAUGCAGUUGAUCCCCCUACUUCAUCCAGUAAUCAAGCCGAGCCCCCAUUGGCUCAUCCUUCCACCUCACAACACCCUCAUGGCUAUGCCACCUCAAAACACGCUCAUGAUGAUGAAGCUGGCCCCUCGGAACGACCUUCCACUGUUUCGACUGUAGUACCUCCUCAGGGGCCUUCUUCAGCUCCUUCUAGUACAACCACCGAGCCUUCAGCUCCUCCCGGCUCAGCUGCGGGUCCCUCAGGACCCCCUCCGCUUAUUUAUCAGAAUUAUUGCAUUACUCUUCUGUCUGAGGAGCAGUUAUGGUCUCAGACAGAUGUUCCCACCAGCUCCCUAAAGAUAAAAGGUCGUCUGGCCACUAUAUGGGAAGAAAGCCUGCGGUAUAUGGAUUCCUUGCCUCCCCCGACCCAGAUGGACCGAUUUGCAGAGUUAUAUAUCAAGAUACUUCUUAAUAAGAUGUUGCGAGACCGUGUUGCCGAACUAGAAUUGCAACUGAAUGAUCCUGCCCAGGCCAGCCAUGCUUUGCGAGCGGAAAUAAAAACUUUGACCAGCAGGAAGAAUAGUCUAGAAGUGUCCCCAGCUCUAACCAACCACGAACUUGAAGAGCUCUAG